AUGGCCGAGGGCGGCGGGGGCGCGCGGCGGCGGGCGCCGGCGCUGCUCGAGGCGGCCCGCGCGCGCUACGAGAGCCUGCACAUCUCGGACGACGUGUUCGGCGAGUCGGGCCCCGACAGCGGCGGCGGCAACCCCUUCUACAGCACCUCGGCCGCCUCGCGCUCCUCCUCGGCCGCCUCCUCGGACGACGAGCACGAGCGGCCGCCGGGGCCCCCGCCCUGCGUCCCCGCCGCCCCAUCCGCGCCGGAGCCCGAGGAGGACGAGGCCGGCUCGGGCUGGAGCGCGGCGCUGCGGGACCGGCCGCCCCCGCGCUUCGAGGACACGGGCGGUCCCACCCGGAAGAUGCCCCCCGGUGCCAGCGCCAUGGACUUCUUCCAGCUCUUCGUCCCCGACAACCUGCUGAAGAGCAUGGCGGCGCAGACCAACAUGUACGCCCGCAAGUUCCAGGAGCGCUUCGGCGGCGACGGCGCCUGGGCGGACGUGACGCUGGCCGAGAUGAAGGCCUUCCUGGGCUACAUGAUCUCCACCAGCAUCUCCCACUGCGAGUCCGUCCUCAGCAUAUGGAGCGGCGGCUUCUACAGCAACGGCGGCCUGGCGGGCGCCAUGAGCCAGGCCCGCUUCGAGCGGAUCCUCAAGUACUUCCAUGUGGUGGCCUUCCGCUCCGGCCCGGCGGCGCCCGGCCUCUACAAGGUGCAGCCCUUCCUUGACGCCCUGCAGAGCGGCUUUGACGCCGCCUUCAGGCCCUCCCAGACCCAGGUGCUACACGAACCCCUGAUUGACGAGGACCCCGUGUUCAUCGCCACGUGCACGGAGCGCGAGCUGCGCAAGAGGAAAAAGCGGAAGUUCAGCCUGUGGGUCCGGCAGUGUUCGUCCACCGGCUUCAUCAUCCAGAUCUACGUGCACCUGAAGGAGGGCGCGGGCCCCGACGGGCUGGACGCGCUGAAGAACAGGCCGCAGCUGCACGGCGCCGUGGCCCGCAGCCUGUGCCGCAACGCGGGCGGCAAGAACUACAUCGUGUUCACGGGGCCCAGCAUCACCAGCCUGGCGCUGUUCGAGGAGUUCGAGAAGCAAGGGAUCUACUGCUGUGGGCUGCUCAGCUCCCGGAAGAGCGACUGCACGGGCCUGCCGCGGUCCAUGCUGGCCAGCCCCGCCACGCCGCCCGCCCGGGGCCAGCACCGCAUCCGCACCAAGGGCAACAUGUCGCUCAUCUGCUGGUACAACAAGGGCCACUUCCGCUUCCUCACCAACGCCUACUCGCCCGUGCAGCAAGGGGUGAUCAUCAAGCGGAGGAGCGGGGAGGUGCCCUGCCCCCUGGCCGUGGAGGCGUUCGCGGCGCACCUCAGCUACAUCUGCAGAUACGACGACAAGUACAGCAAGUACUUCAUCGCUCACAAGCCCAACAAGACGUGGCAGCAGGUGUUCUGGUUCGCCGUCAGCAUCGCCGUCAACAACGCCUACAUCCUCUACAAGCUCUCGGACGCCUACCACACGCACAGGCUCAGCCGCGCCCAGUUCGGAGAGAGACUCGUGCGGGAGCUGCUGGGCCUGGAGGCCGCCUCGCCGACCCCCUGA